GUACACAAACGGAUGUUCCUGCAUGUACCAUGAAGAAAGGUACAAAAAUGGAACCGUCCUCAAUAAGGACAGCUAACACACAGACAAACCGUUAUUGUCCAAAUCUUACAACUUCGGUAACCGAAACGGAUCUGUCUCCUGAUACAUUAUCAUCAGUUGAAGAAUGCGAAGGAUGUGCGUUGAGCAGAAAUUUUGUGCAAUUCAUGAAGACGAAACGGCUGGACGUUGAUGCGAGGGAAGUGAUAAGCAUUGAAACUGCAAAAUCAACAGCGGAGGAUUGCGCCCGCUGUAAGCUCGUAAUGAACCUCAUCAUCAAUCUACUAAGAUUCUGUAGAGAUGACAUUGUGCUGUUCAACCUUGUCAUGGCCACACAGUACGCCAUAAAAAAUCAGGUGCAAAUUCUGGCUUCUGCUGAUCUUGGAGAAAGCAAUGUGGCCAUUAAUGAGGAAAAAGCAGGACCAGCACCUUGCCAACUGAGACGUGUCAUACCUUCAAGAAUGUCAAAGAAACGGACACAUUCUUCCAGCAGUUCCAGGAAAUAUAACAGCAACAGCGCCAGCAUGAGUGAAUGCGAUGAAGGAAUGACAAAUGCAUCCAAAAAAAAGAGUGUGCGCUGUGCGAAAGAGCGUUCCAAAAAGGGGGAGGAAGCCAGCUCCUAUCAACAUUAUUACACCAUCCGCCAGGAAGAGGAGCAACAAUGUCAUGAACCAGCACAGACACCGGACCGGGUCUUCAACCGUGGGGAACAGCAGAUGAGUCGUCACGAUGAAUCACCAGAUUUUUCAUUCCUGACCCUUGAUGAUUACCGCUGUUUCAUCCGUGCAUUCCGAGAAAGAGUUAGGGGUCCUGAUGCAGAAUCCUUGAGCAGGGUUGACCUUGUAAAACGUUGGAGGAGGCCUGUGCAGGCGCGUAUUAUUCGUAUACUUAAAGAAAAGUUUGUGUCGCGUACAACGGCUCUGUUACUUGCAAAGCAUGUUCCGUUUCGUAUUCUCAAGAAACUGAACCUGAACCUCUACACCAGCAAGUACUUCUUGAGAUCAUCAGCACUCUCAGCAUUGUACACCGGGCCUCAUGCUGAAUGCAGUAAAAAUGCUGAAAGCAUUGAGGAAAUUUCCAUGCCUACGACGUCAGAGAAUUCUUCUGCAUCAGGAAUUUGCCCAGACAACAUCAUUGCCAUUUCAGUCAAUGGGAAUACAGACACCAUGAAGCACUUCAAGGCAUGUGUUAAAAACGUGGAAGAAAUGGUCUGGGGACGAAAGUGGAAUCAUUUGGAAUCCGAGUACUGUGGGUUCCGGAAAACAAGGAGCGGGAUAGUUUCCCAAGAUGCUUCUGAAGAAGAUUUUGAACUCAUUCCAAUAUUAAUUUCAAUAACCAUUUUGGAUGGAGGCGCGUACUGGCAAAGGUAUUUGGAAGGUGCGCAAGCUGGA